AUGGGGCAGGUCAUGGGCAUUAUCAUCGGUGCUUUCUCUCAGGCUCAGCCCGACCCGCUGGAGAAUUUGCGGCUGGCGGUUGAGCGUGCAGAGGCUGCAGGUGUCGAACAGGAUACGCUCGAUGAUGUGAGGACGAAGCUUGCAGAGCUGGAAAACGAAGUCGGAAAGGAACUUUCGAUCUCGGUUCGGCAUGCUGUAAGUGGGGAAACGCUCACAGUGGUACGAGCAAGACCGUCGGACACGCCCGCCUACCUGCGAGAGCAUGUGCUGAGAGCCACCGGUGACGGGGGUGUGGCUCUUCAUUUCCUUUUCCAGUCGCAGGCAUCGCAGACUGGUGAUGUAACACCUUGUUUCCAAAUUGUAGACUGGUCUUGGCGGCGGCCUCGCAUGGUUUUGAGGAAGAAAUGUUUCAAUGCUCGCAGCAGAGCAUGA